UUGAUCUAGAAGGUCUCCAGGAAACUUCCCUAUCUCCUCCAUUAAGAAAUAUCACAGACAUUUCACAAAAGACUCCAUUUUGUUGUUCAAAAAUCAACAACAUUAAUUUAAAGUUCAAAUCUUUCUCUCUCCUCCCCAAAUCCCUGCUGCCUUCUUGAAAUUGAAAGGAAACAGGAGAUCUUAGUUCAUGGAGCAAAAGUUUCCAAGUUAGGAUCACAAGUGUAGUUGUUAAUCUGGUUAUAUUGUAAACAGCUUAAAGGUGAUGAAGUAUAACCAGGAAAAAGUUGUCAGGUUUCAGGAUUGGGUUCCUCAGAAAAGUGCUGAUGGACAGUAUUACAUACAUGACGAUACUCGAUUUGGCAGUAUUAGAAGAUCAAUGGGCUCGGUAUCAAAUAGCUUCAAAAGAGGAUGGGAAUAUUUUCCUUUAAGUUUUAAAAGAAUUGGCAAAUCUCUCAGUGCCAGUUCUUUAAGCGAGUCAUGGCCUAAGAAGAAAGUGCUAGAUCCACAAGGCGCUUUUCUUCAGAAAUGGAAUAAGAUAUUUGUAUUAUCCUGUUUUAUUGCAGUCUCGGUAGAUCCUUUAUUUUUCUACAUCCCCGUGAUUAAUGAUGAUAAAAAAUGCCUGGAUUUGGACCACAAGUUGGAGAUCACUGCCAGCGUUUUACGCUCCUUUACUGAUAUCUUUUACUUGCUUCAUAUCAUUUUCCAAUUCCGUACCGGUUUUAUUGCUCCUUCUUCUCGGGUAUUUGGCAGAGGGGUUUUAGUAGAAGAUGCAAAAGCAAUUGCAAAGAGAUAUCUCUCCUCCUACUUUUGGAUUGACAUUCUCGCUGUGCUUCCCUUACCACAGGUGGCAAUCUUAAUUAUCAUACCCAGAUUGAGCGGCUUCAGAUCAGCAAACACGAAAAACUUGUUAAAGUUUAUUGUAGUCUUCCAGUAUGUUCCAAGGAUCCUUCGAGUUUUCCCAUUAUACAAGGAAGUUACUAGAACAUCAGGCAUCUUGACUGAAACAGCAUGGGCUAGUGCUGCCUUUAAUCUCUUGCUUUACAUGCUUGCAAGUCAUGUAGCUGGAGCUUUUUGGUACUUAUUUUCUAUUGAACGGGAAACUACUUGCUGGAAAAGUGCUUGUAGAAAGCGUCCUCAGUGUGAUUCUGGUGCUCUAUAUUGUGGCGUGAGUUCAGGAAAUAACACUUAUUUGAAUGAUCACUGCUCUAUCGACCCUGAUAAUCCAGGGCCCUUUGAUUUUGGAAUGUUUCUUAACGCCCUUACAUCCGGUGUAGUGGCGACAACAGAUUUCCCAAAGAAAUUCCUUUUCUGUUUCUGGUGGGGCUUACAAAAUUUGAGCUCACUUGGUCAAAACCUUCAAACGAGUACCUAUAUCUGGGAAAACUUGUUUGCCAUUUUGAUUGCCAUUGCUGGUCUCGUGCUGUUUGCAUUUCUUAUUGGAAAUAUGCAGACGUAUCUGCAAUCUAUAACAACACGACUGGAGGAAAUGAGAGUGAAAAAACGAGAUGCAGAGCAGUGGAUGUCACACCGUCUUCUCCCUCAGGAUUUAAGGGAUAGGAUCAGGCGUUAUGAACAGUACAAGUGGCAAGAAACAAGAGGCGUGGAUGAAGAGAGUUUAAUCCAGAACCUUCCGAAGGAUUUGAGGAGAGACAUAAAGCGUCACCUUUGUUUGGAUCUUGUUACAAGGGUUCCAAUGUUUGAGAAAAUGGAUGAUCAGCUUCUAGACGCAAUGUGCGACUUUCUGAAGCCAGUUCUCUACACGGAAGAUAGCUACGUCAUCCGAGAAGGAGACCCUGUAGACGCGAUGGUCUUCGUGAUGCGUGGCAAACUGCUAACCAUAACCACAAACGGCGGCCGAACAGGGUUUCUCAAUUCCGAAUACUUAAAAGCCGGCGAUUUCUGUGGCGAGGAACUCCUAACGUGGGCCCUAGACCCGAGCCCGUCAUCUAACUUACCUCUCUCAACCCGAACGGUCCAAACCCUUACAGAAGUUGAAGCCUUUGCUUUAAUGGCGGACGACUUGAAAUUCGUGGCCUCACAAUUCAGAAGACUUCACAGCAAGCAACUCCGGCAUACUUUCCGGUUUUACUCCCAACAAUGGCGGACAUGGGCGGCUUGCUUUAUACAGGCGGCAUGGAGGCGAUACCAUAGGAAGAAGAUGGAGCAGUCUCUCAAGGAAGAAGAGGAUCGUUUACAAGACGCAUUGGCACGGGAAGCCGGGACCUCGUCACCGAGUUUGGGUGCUACGAUUUACGCGUCGAGGUUUGCUGCGAAUGCACUUCGGGCUUUACGGAGAAACGGGGCCCGAAAGGCGAGGUUGCCGGAGAGAAUAUCGCCUAUGUUACUUCAGAAACCGGCAGAGCCGGAUUUUUCAGUCGAAGAUCAGUAGGAAAAAAGAGAGGGAGUUGUAGCUUUGUAGGUUAAGAUGUAUAAAUGGUGUAUUAAGAUGUUAGGAUUGAGUAAAAUUAUUCUAACACAUUGUUUGAAAACUCAUCUGUGUAUAUUAUAACUGUACAUCUGUAUUUUUUUUAAUCUAUGUGAAUGUGUUGGUUAAUUAGCAGCAAAGAA